AUGGCAUCCAAUUCGGAAAAGAAUCAAAUUAUUUCAGAUAAUAAUAAUAGUAAUGAAAUUAUAAAGCACAUCCAGUCAAAUAUAUUGGAUACGUUACUCAAGAAUGAUAAACUGAACAGUGCUAAUCUCAAUUUUGAAAUAAGAAGAAUUAGUAGCAGCACUAAUAAUAUUAAAACUUUCUAUAAGGAGGAAUUAGAAUGGAUCAAAACUAAUUUUACUUCAGGCACUAUAAUAUAUUAUGCAUAUGGAGGUUCUUCUAUACAACGAUUAUUAAGCUUUAUAGAAAGAUUUAAAACUGAAAGUAGUUUCCCCAUGGACAAAAAGCUUUUGAAGCAGUAUAACAAGGUAGAAUAUUAUAUCAAAGAAAUACAACCAGUUAAAAACAAUGAUCUAAUCACUAAACAAAGACAUAUUGCCAUUUUUUUUAUAGCAUUAGUAUUUAAUGAUGAGGCUACAAACAAGGAAUAUGAGAUGGCUUUGUUAAACAACGGGUUUAAUGCCCAAUUAUUGAAGUGA